AGACGGAGAAAGAGACGUCGCGGCGAUUGUGCGAAGGAGGGAGACAGCGUGAUAGCGGAGAGGAAGAUAGAGGGAGAGAAAGAGAAAGAGAAAGAGAAAGAGGGAGAGGGAAGAAGAAAGAAGAAGAAGAGAGGAGGAGGCCACCUCGGACAUAUAUGCGGUGAGAAUUCGCGCCUCCUGUCUCAGUGCUUGACAGGCCGGCAAGCUCUUAAGAUCCAUCGGGGUUCUACCAGUCCGUCACCUGAGCCAUCGCUGCCCACGCACUAUCACGCAUCAUUAUUCUUCACAAUUGUUCUCCACCUAAUUUUGGAGAGCGGCAUCCUCAAACGAGGGUGAAGCUGGUUGGCACUAGAAAACGGGUACUGGUACCCGCAGUAGUAGCAACUCGGUGGUGCCAAGUCAGAAUACCGGAAGUGGACGGGAAGGAAGAACGAGGACGUCACGCGACAAAGUAGGAUCAGUUGAUGAAGGUCGAGGUAACCAGUUCCAGGAUUUGGUGCCAUGACGUCCGAAGCGUGUUUCAUAGAAAAUAGGAUCUGUCACUGAACUCUACAGAUCGUACAGCACGUUUUCGGAACGACAGCCAAACUGGCGCUAAAACCUGAAGGUCACGAGGAUGCAGCCGGCCGCAUGAUUGUUCAGGACACCUUGCACAAAGUCCCGUCGAGACUCCCUCAAGUGCCUUGUGAUUUUCUCUCGCUGUGAUUGGUGUGCGUGAGAACGGUUUUGGUGAACCCCAUAAAGUGAAGCGAAUCGCUCGGAAAAUAUACCGGCGAUUCUUUCUCUCUCUCUCUCUCUCUCUCUCUCUCUCUCUCUCCCCCACCCUCUCUUUUUUCUUUCUCUCCCUCUUUCUCGAUCUAAUCGCAUCUUCUGUGUAAUCGAGAAGACUGGAGCUUUCCACGGAGUUAAUAAAUUUGUGACGUAGGACGGAAGAAAGCGAAACUGGAUCGUGCAGAUCGCGAUCGUGAUCGAGGCCGGUCGCCUAGUUCCGGCGGAGUACCGACUUCAGGACACGAUAAGGGGACCAGGCGGUUACUGGAAGUGGAGAACGUAUGGUUGCGUAAGUUCAGGAAGAAGCUGGCGCUGCGAGAUAAACGACGAAGAAAGAGACUUUCUUCGCGAAUGAGACCAGGGCUACACGAAAAGAAGUAGAAGUGGAGUAUAGAAGAAUCGUGAAGAGGAAGAAAAGACUUUCUGUAAUCGUGAGGGAGGCCAUCGAAAGGGGAAAAUAUAAUAUAAUAGAAACAGAAGGGGAGAACACAGUGCAGGGAUUAUCAGACGUUAAACAAAGAAUCGUUUUAUUAGGGGAAAUUAAGAGAAAUUUUUAAGUCUUGUCUUGAGGAAAGACAAGGACUUGGCGGGAACGACGAUGCCAUUGAUCAUCUGAUCGUUCCUUUCGCGACGAAAGCCGAUCGUAGAGCUUGAUCCGACCAAGGGCGACCUUGAACAAGAUGGUCACGAGGGCGCUGCUAUUACUCUCGCUGGUUCUCCUCGAUGCCUUCGACGCGCCUGGCAUCGAGAGAGCCCACGUCCGGCACUUGGCGAUGGCCGGUAACGCCUGCAACGCCUGCAGGAUGCAUGAGGAGAUCCGCGCGCUUAGUUUGGAAGCGAUCAAGGAGCAGAUUCUGAAUAAGCUCGGCUUAAAACAGGCGCCGAAUAUGACGGGGCGAGCUCUGCCGAGGAUCCCGCCGAUCUCGAAGCUGAUGGACACGUACGGGAUGCAGGCCGACCAGCCUUUAGAGCCCGGUAUCACGCACCACGAGGAGGUCGAUGAAUACGCCGCGAAGACGGAGAGUGUCUUUGCCUUAGCGCAGCCUCACCAAAGGCUAAGGCACUCGAAGAGCAACUUUGAGGUGUUGUACUUCAAGUUUUCCGAUAAGGUUGUCCAACAUCGUGUUACCAGGGCAGAGUUGUCUCUAUGGAUAUGGGGUGUGAAUCAGGAAACGGAGCUCGGUGAGCCAAUUGAUCUGGAGAGUCAAGACGCCAGUCCGGUGACGAUCACGUUGCAGAGGAUUCUUCGGGGAACGACCGAGACAGGUGGAACUUUGUUGGGUCCUCCUCUGACCACGAAACACCCUCGACCGUUUGGACGGCGGGAUGGCUGGAUCACGAUCGAGCUCAGACGAAUGGUGGCGGAGUGGUUCAAGCAUCCGAGAGAUAAUCUGGGAGUCGCCUUGAAGAUCACGGGGCCUGGCGGCAGUCAUCGUAGGAACUUGGUUAGACUGGUUGAGACCAAUCCCGGUGCGGAGUACGCUCCAUAUCUCGAAGUGCAAAUGCAGGAACUCGAUUCACGAAGAGGCUCCAGAAUUAAGAGGAACGUGGGACUCAAUUGCGAUGAGGCCAGUCAGGAGACUAGAUGUUGCCGGUACAAACUUACGGUAGACUUCGAGAAGUUUGGCUGGGAUUGGAUAAUCGCACCCAAAAAAUAUGAUGCCAAUUACUGUUCGGGUGACUGUCCAAUGGCUUUUCUUCCGGCUUAUCCGAACACGCACAUCGUCAGCUUGGCGGAACCGCCGAACAACACCGGACCAUGUUGCGCACCUAGGAAGCUGUCCGAAAUCACAAUGUUAUAUUUUGACAAUGAAUAUCAGAUCGUGUUCUCGCGGUUGCCGGGCAUGAUCGUCGAGAAAUGCGGGUGUUCAUAGUCCACCUUCGUUUCUGACAGGAUGAAAGCAACGUUGGCGAUGCCGGGAGUUCCGCACAGGUACCGCGAUGCUCUCCCUUUGAUCAAUCUCGACGAUCAUCGUCAUUGUCCUCGUCAAUCGUCGUCGAUUGUCAUCGCCGUGUUCUCGGCGAUUCCUCAUCCGAUAGACUGAAAGUGCCUUGUUCGGAGAGUGAUUGCGUGAUGCGGAUCUCUUUGGAGCGCAGAAAGAGGAACACGAAGUGCGCGGAGUAGGCGGUGUUUCGUGAUUCGGGGAGUCCCCUCAAAGACUGUGCUGGAUGCCAAGGGAAGUCCAAAGAGGGACUCGCGCCGACUGUCAGCGGGAGGCACCUCGACGGUGGUCCAUGGUUCAUGGCAAGGCGGAUAGUUCCUA